AUGGAGUUGCAUCACACAUCCCCUGUCAACAAAGAAUUUGAUUUACCAACGCUACUAGAUCAAAUUGUUGCACUAUUUUCAAAGAAAGGGAAUUCGGCAAGUAAACUAUAUCCUGAAUUUACUUACAACACCUUUACUUAUUCAAUAACCAAUCAUCAUUGGUUUGCUUUUCGCUUUUGUACCAUCGUUCUUCAAUCUCAUUCUUUAGUUAGUUUAACUGUGCGUGUCGCAUUCGUGUGGGUUGUAGUGGACAGCAUCUCUCGAUGUGUGCCUUUAAUUAUGCUGAUGAUGAUGCUGAACAUGGUUUCCUUUUUUUCCACUCAAAUUUACCAUAAAGCUCGCCAACUAUCCUGCUUUCAUUGUGAUCAAACCAGUGAAACCUCUUACGACCCUUCGUAUUUAAUUAGCUCUUAUAGUUUAUGUAAAAUGAGGAAAAUUGAGCAGCGUGUCCUUGCUCUUCAUUCUCAUAUCUACAGUGAUGAUAUUUUGCAUUUCAUUUCAUUUUGA